GUUUUAGCAUUUUAAAUUUGCUUAUCAAUUUGAGAUUUCGGUUGCACUCAGUAUACUAUUAUAACAGAUGAGAUCUAUUUAAAUGUCACAGAAGAAAAUAAUCAACAAGAAAGGCUACUAUAUAAAAUGGUCCCAGACUUCUUACCAUGAUUAUUUGUUUAGCACUAAGCAGUAUUUUCAAGAUGCAAAUAUUUUGGGUACUUUUAGCAGCCAGUGCGUUUGCCAUUGCAAGCUGCGAUGAAGAUGACAAUUCUGCGCCACUUUUGGAUCCCAGAGACAUGGACGCUAUUCAAGACAAAUUAGCAAGAAUGGACUUUCUAGAACAAAUUGUUGGAGAAGUAUUUGGUUUCAAGAAAACUGAAGAAAGGGAAGACACUUGUCUACCUGUUGGAGCCGAGUGCCAUUUCUGGAGUGGGCCCAACUGCUGUGGUUUAAGGACGCGGUGCAUUGUCUGGGACACGCAGUUACCUGCAACCAAAACCAAGAGCUCCGCUACUUGGAUUUCUAAGUGUCGUGAUUACAAACUAGGCGUAUGGCUCGAUGAUAUCGGAAGUUGGUUCGCAAGUUUGGGCAAAUAGGUAAAGUACAGAGCGAUGCAUUGACAAAACGACCUUAAAUUCCUCUCUUCGUUAUGAAUAAAUAAAAUAUUAAUGCUUGUAA